AUGGGCAGUCGGCUCCUGAGGUUGGUUGGGGGCGUGGACAUCUCUUUCGUCAAGGGGAGCGAAGAGAACGCCUGCGCGAGCCUGGUGGUCCUUGAGUUCCCCUCGCUGCAGACGGUGUACGAGGCGUACGAGAGGGUGACGAUGAACCACCCUUACAUUUCCGGCUUCCUGGCGUUUCGAGAGGUGGACCACCUGGCGCGUUUGGUUGGCCAGCUUAGGCGGGAACGGCCAGACCUAGAGCCCGACGUGGUGUUCGUCGACGGCAACGGGCGGCUCCACCCCAGGGGGGCGGGGCUGGCGUGCCACCUGGGCGUGGUCACGGGGCUCCGCACGGUGGGGCUGGGCAAAACCUUCCUGCAAGUCGACGGGCUAACCAAGGUCGGCGUGCGAGAGCGUGUCAAGGCCUUGCUCUCGGCGGGGGAGCGGGAAACGCCUCUUUUGGGGACUUCCGGAACGGUAUGGGGAACGGCGUUCGUGCCCAAGGAGGAGGAAGGGAAGAAGGGCGGCGGUGUGGUGACUAGCCCGGUCUUCGUCUCGAUCGGACACAGGGUUUCCUUGGAGACUUGCGUGGCCUUGACCAAGGCCGUCUGCAGGUUCCGCGUCCCAGAGCCCAUCCGGCAAGCCGACAUGCGCAGCAGAGAAGUCAUCCGGGAGUGGCUGCUUGAGCGGCGAGGAAAGGCCGAGGGAGAGACAAAGGAGGCAGAUAAGGGGCCACCACCCCCGCCACCACCACCACCACCAUCGUCGUCGUCCUCGUCAUGA